CCUCAAAAAUCAACACUGUGUUGUGUUUGUUCUGUUAUCUGUGCUGUGGGGUUUCUUGUUUGAAAAAUAAGCAAUAUGAAGUUCUCUAAAAAGUUAGAAGAAAUAUCGAAGAAACCAAGUUCUGUUAAAUCAGACAUACUGAAAAAGAAAUCUGAGAACUUGAAAGUAUCCAAGCUUGGAAUUAAAGAUAAAAAAAAUUUUGAAGCAGCUAAAAGCCUUCUGCAGAAGAUAAAUGGAACUGAAUAUGAUGCAGAAUCAAGUUUUUCAGGGGAAAAUUUGAGAGAAUUAUCUCUUGCGGACAUAAUGCGUGCAAUAAAUGAAUUAUCUGCUGAACCAGAUAAUUCAACCAAGUCUAUAACUGAGUGUUCAUCUCGAAUGGCUCAAGAUUUCGAUAUAUUUUGGACAUCUCCGAGGGCAAUAUUGAGAGCUAUAAAAUAUGCAAUUCUCAGAAGAGACUGGGAUAACAUAACACAUUUACUUUUGCUUCUUCUCCAUCACAAAGGUCAAUAUGUUCAAAUUGUUCAUAAGUUAUGCAUUUUCAUUGCAAGAUUCAAUCCAAUGAUAUUAAAAUUUGGAUUGAGAGAUGAAUUUGAAAUAUUGAAAGAGAAAAGGAAAUGAAGAAUCCUAUUAAUGACAAAGCUCUGAUUGAAUGCUGAAGAAGGAAUCAAUAUGUGCUCCAAUGAUAAUAGGAAAAAUGGAAGGAAAAAAGAGGAUUCUUUCGAUAAUUGGGAUGUGAUCAGUGAACAUUUUUUAUGACCAAUUCAUUUAAAAUAUGUUCAAUUGUAUAGAAAUAUUGUUUUUUGAAGAAUACUUGAUUUUAUGGUAGGAAAAUAUAUUGUUUAUUUCAUUUUGAAAUGUAAUAUAAUUCAAUUUACUUCAUUUCUUUAUCACAAAUUAUAUUACUACAUAAUUUU